AUGGACUCUUCUAUCUUUGCACAGAUUACCUCGGGCUUGAACAGCUCGGCCUUCCUUUCAGUCCCUAGUUACAAAAGCGAGACUGGUCGCAUAUGCAGCUUAGAGAUCAUUCAACAGCCUACCCGGACUAGGAUGUGUGGUUUUGGUGACACUGCCCGCUGGCCAAUCAAUCCGCCACCAUCUGCUCGUCUUCUGGUUCUUGAUGAAGCCACGGGAGAGAAAAUCAAUGCGGCGGCUGUUGAUAUUUCCGGUGUUGUUGUCAUAGUUGACCUCCUCGAUGCUGACGGAACCACCUCGACGAACCUUGUUGAAUACUCUCUAACCGACCCAGCAGUCACAGCGACGUCUUUUAUAGGGGGUCGGUUAGGUAAUGCAUCAGGCUCACCUAGUUAUGACGCCGCUGCACCUGUGCCACCGAGCAAGCAACUAGGGACAGCAUCAGCAGAUGGAUAUGCCGCAAGAAGGGUCCGGAGUAAUAUGGUUGGCCGUAAUAUUUCUAAAGCUAUCAUAUUAGCGGAAGCCCCAGAGCAGGAAAUUUGGUUCUUUCUAACGGACCUGGGUAUUCGGGCAGCGGGCAAUUAUAGAUUACAGAUGAAUGUUGUGGAUGUCAACCCAGUUAAUCCUGUGUCUGAAGACUUCGAUGGAAUUACUGUAACUGCCAGGGCCGUCUCAGAUGUGUUUGAAGUUUUCGAUCCAGAUAUCCCGGCGUGA